AUGGUACUGACCCUUUGGGGAGAGCAUGAAUCAGAAGAGAGACAAGACAUAGCUGAUAUGAUCCACACCCAACCUGUGGUUGCAGCGCUUCGAGUCCGAGUGACAUCUUACCAUGCCAUGCAUCUAUCCACCAAAUUCUCCAGCAGCAUACUAAUCAAUCCUCCAAUUCAGCAAGCCAAUGACCUGCGUAACUGGUGCAGUCACAAUCAAGAGGAAAUCGCGCGUUUCAUUGCUGAGCGGACUUAUGCUGAUCGUCUCAAACUCCUACCUGUACCAGAUGAUGACAGAGUUAUAACUAGCAGCGAUCUCACAGCUGUGGUUGAGGCAAGGCCCUAUUGGAUUAGAGGCAUACCAAAACUUCUAGAUAGAAGUCAAAAGCUAUGGUACCAUUCAUGCCCCCACUGCUACAAAUACAUCAGAGCAAGGCCAGAUUGCGAGAUCACCUGCACUUCAUGCUACCAGCGCAUCCGUCUCACUCCACGCUGCAGACUAACAGUGCAAAUUAGUGAUAUGAGUGGUGCUAUAACUCUUGACCUGAGUGGUGAUGAUGCUGAACAACUCCUCCCAUUCUGCAUAAGUGACAUCCAAAAGCAAGAGCAGCAGGGAAAUGUCCAGUACGCCACUAUAGCAGAUUUCAUCAAGCAGAAAAACUUAGUUUGCUUGGUCAAGAAAUCAAAUACAAUCCACAGUUCCAGGAGCUCAGAAAAGUACAAUGCCAUAGUUGCCCAUAUCAACAAUGCUACUGCAGAAGAAAACUAUGUCAUCAGCAAAUAUAUCACCAACUACAAAGCUACAGCAUCCACUUGGGGAGCAGCACAAGAAGAACAUUCCAAAAAGAAUGUUACCAACAUGGCUGAAAAUAUUGGCAGCAUAAUGGAAGGAGAAACACAAAGCAAAGGAGUGGAUCAACUCAGUCCUUCUAACACAGAAGAUAAGAAGAAAAAGGCAGCAGUUGCAGCAGCCCCAAUGAAACUCAGAGUCAACCCCACUAAGAAACACCGCACCUAA